CUAGAAUAUAUAUUUUUUGGUCAAAGAUCUAGAAUCAAAAUCAAUCGUAUAUCAUCCAAAAAUUGAAACCAAAGAUACUUACCCUAAUCCACCAUGAGAAUUACGUUAAAAUUGAUGAAAAUGAAGUUUUCCCGAUCAUAGACACAAUUUCCUUUUUGAAAAUAAUAAUAACAUACUCAAUUACUACAUUUUCAUGUUUACAAGUCUGUAUAAAUACAUCACUAGAGCCCCAACAACAAUUCUCAUCAAACACCCACAAAACCAUUUAGCAUUCAGAAAUUUAUAGAAAUCAGCAAAAUGGGUUCAUUCUCUCAAUUGUGCUUGUUAGGUUUAACACUCAUUAUGGGUAGUCACGUUGCUCAUGCCCAAGACUCACCGGCAGACUACGUGAACGCCCACAACAAAGCAAGAUCAGCCAUUACCACCAUUAAAAUUCCAAACAUUGUUUGGGAUAACGAUAUUGCUGCAUUUGCACAGAACUAUGCUAAUCAACGCAAGGAUUGUAAACAGAUCCCCUCAGGCAGUGGUGGCCGUUAUGGUGAGUAUCUUGGCGAGAAUAUUGCGGUGAGCACCGGCUACAUAAGUGGCGCGGAAGCAGUGAAGUUGUGGGUGGAUGAAGAACCAUACUUUAAUCACUAUGCUAACUCAUGUAUUGAUGGUCAUGAAUGCCACCAUUAUACUCAGGUUGUUUGGGAAAAAUCACUACGUGUUGGAUGUGGCAAAGUGAAAUGUGAUAAUGGUGGCUCAUUUGUUACUUGCAAUUAUGAUCCCCCUGGUAACAUUGCUGGCCAAUUACCAUACUAAGUGAUUCAUAUCAAGAAUUAAUAAUAUCUGGGAAAAUGUAUGAAAUGAGUUCCUGAUAAUUAUAUAGUUUUUAAUGUUUUAAAAUUUCAAAAUAAUGUUCAUUUGAGUUCAUCUUAUGUAGUAUAAUUUGCAAACUAAUAUCGUUGAUCAGGCUUAUAAGUUGUGGUAUUUUA